UGGGCCUUGGGCAUGUGCAAGCAUAAUUAUGCUAUCUCUAACAGAUGCCUACAGUCAUAUAGAUGAGAAUGCUUCCUAGGGUACGGCGUUUACGGCAAAUGUGUGUUAACUAAUCUUGAGCCUUGGUUGCUUUUCGCCAACUCUCUUUAGCAGAAUGCUCCAAUAGUCGCGGUUCAUAAAACAGCGCAAUAACCUACGUGGUCUCGGAACCAACUGGAGAUCAAAGAUCGUCAUAUAUACUAACAUUACCUUUCCCUUACAGUAUACUCCUUCUCAUCGCCUCUGCCAUGGCUCACUGGCUUAUUUCUCAAGGUUUGUUUUUCAUGGAAACGUUCGAAUUUAUAUAUCAACCAAACGACAACAUCAAUAAUGGCUUUGUGUGCAUCCCAUAUCUUGACGGCUCUGUUCUGGGGCUUUCCGUCAUAUGCAUGAUCUUUACUACAAUUACACUUGGGGUAUCCUGUAACGGCAGCUUGCAGUGCCCCAAUUAGUUCGGCAUGUCUUCUCGGUGCGGGUAAGGACGAUGCCGAAUCACUUCUCGUCCAACGGAGAAAGAUUGAGGCAGAUUUACAGGGCUUUAUAAGUCGAAUCCGCUAGAGUAUUCGCUUCGUAGAUAAAUUCGUCUAGAGAAUAUAGAUGUUUGAUUAUGAAGAAGACAGAAGGCUGUUGUGUUAACCUUGAAGGUUGACGUAUAU